AUGGCCGAACCACAGUCUUCUCAAGUUCCCGCCUUCUUUCCCAAAUCAUAUCAAUCCGACACGAGAUAUGAAUUUGAAGAACACCAGGCUGAUGCUAUCAUCCGAGCGGCAACUCACCAGGAGUGGUUCUAUCAACACCAGAUGACCGUACAGUUCAAAGCGGACGAGCAAAAGGCUAUCACGCUGUCGAUAGCAACACCUUUUGCCUCACCCUCAGCAGCUGACAACGGCACACUGGACGGCCUGCCCCUUUCAAUUGUGCAGGAUAUCAUACUACAAUGUGACGUCCUGUCGGUGUUUAGGCUUCGACAAACCAGUCGACGCACCAGAGAAAAAGUCGACAGCAUCUGGCAAUACCAGAAGGUGACAGAGUACGGACUGGACCUUUUCCGCGCAAGUCUCAUUGCGAAUGCUGCUUGCAACAUACAGCUAGUUGACUUCUAUGAGCUUCUGGUCACAAUUCCCUGCAGCUUCUGCGGGUACACUGCUCGAUAUGUCCAUUUUUUGACCUGGAAGCGAGUCUGCCGUGGCUGUCUCAAAGACGCCCCUGAGGUCAAUCACGUUAGUAAAUGGAAACUCAAAUCCAAAAUACGAAUCACCGACGACGAAUUGGCCCAGCUGAAGGUGUUCAAGACAGCUCCUUUUCUUGCCUUGGGCCGUUAUCUUUACUCGGACUCCGAUGUGGACUCCGAAGUGGUAUCUACAUUAGAAGCGAUGAAGGUGGUCGGAAAGCCCCGAGAUGAGUACAUUGCGAAAGCCCUCGAAGAAAACUCUGAAGACAAUCUAACGACCUGUGUGAUGCCUCAUCUCGACAAGCAAGGUAUGCUUCCCGACAACUGGCUGUCAUGUGAAGGAUGCAAGCUGGACAGGCAUCCUACUAAUCAGAGGAAGGAUACCUUGAUGCAACCGGCGAUCUCGUGGAGGGUUUACGACCGGGAUGGUUUUCUGGAGCAUUUUCGAUGGUGCAAGCAGGCACAGAUUGUUUGGGAGGAGCAGAGGGAGAAGCUGGAGGAGGCUGAGGAGUGA